UAAAUUAUAUUCUAUGCUUUUAUUGUCAAAAUGUGGACUAAAGUUUUUUAAACAAAAUUUCACAUUUUCCAAGCCAAGGAAGUAGCGAGGGGAGAGUGGCCUUCCAGAUCCAGGAUGCUUAGAGGAGCUCCACUGAUAAGAUCGCCGACCAAGCAGCUGCUGCUUCCGUUCCGGCUUAAAAGACAAAUCGUAAACAAUUACUCAGUGAGACCGGUGCGUACUGGAAAGGGGAGAGCUAAUUUUUGGUCUCAUAUCUUUGGAAAAUAUCUAGUGGUUACAAACACCUUAGGAUUGGGUGUGCUCCUCAUGGUCGGGGAUGCAGUGUCGCAGCAAUACGAGCGGCUGGAGAAGAAGGACAAUGUGCAGCGCAAGGAAAGAUUAGAUUUGGCACGGACUUGCCGAAUGCUAAUAACCGGACUGCUCAUUGGACCCAUUCAGCACACCUUCUACGUUCAACUGGACCAGAAUUUCACGGAUACCUCUCGGUUGGGUGUGAUCCGAAAGAUUCUCCUGGAUCAGCUUGUAAUGUCGCCGACAUACCUCUUUAUGUUUUUCUAUAUCAGUAGUCUGCUGGAGGGUCGAACCAUUAAAGAAGCGAAUGAGGAAAUUGCCGAAAAGUUCAUCUGGACCUGGAUAAUGGAUUGUUGCUUCUGGCCAGGACUGCAGUAUAUCAAUUUUAGGCACCUAGAUUCUAAGCACCGUGUGGCAUUUGUUAAUGUAACCAACUGUAUCUACGUUGUCCUGCUCUCCUACAUCAAACACGGAUAUGAUGGCUUUAAAAGAAAAUCUAGUUCCAAAAGUUAGAGCCUCUUAGCCCUAUAUCUACUCAAAAUCCGGUUCAAUAGAGGCCUCUAGCCUCGAUAAAUCAACAAAAGUUCCUGGUUUUGUCCGAUGUGUUCAAGGUGUUUUUUUAAAUAAAAAUUGUAUUUAAUUUACGCUAAA